AUGGCCACAAACUUCGAACCUUCCACUUCUCCUACUGAUACUCGCCCCCCUUCCUCCGCUCAGACGAAGCAGACUCCUCCAGCUUUUCUGGAUCUGGCUGACUCUUCUGCGAGGUCUAAUAUACCUGAUUUUCACGCCCACGUUGAGCUCAAGCGCCGCGAACAUGAACGUCAGCGCGCUCUUCACCGAAAGGUGUUCGAGGACCAGAUGCGCGCUCUGGAACAGCAGCAGCAACAGGAGCUCAUGCUUACCAUUCCCUCGCUCGAUCCCAAUGGCAACGGGAACAUCCAGCACCUGGCCAUGUCCGCUCCCACCACUCCACCGCGGGUUAAUGCCGUCUUGAACCACGACGACCUUUCGCCAAACCAUCGCGCCCACUUUGCUCACGGUGGUGUCGACGUCGACGUCCUUUCCAAGGCUGUCGGUUCUGCUGUCGACAAGCGCAAGUCCGUUACGUACGCCCCUAUCACUCAUUCCCCUGAGAUGCCCUCCAGCCACGCCCCUACGAACGGCAGCACCCUUGGCUCAGGCUACGCUCGUGCUGGUGCGAAGAGCAUGCCUGCUAGUAGGCGUACUUCGGCCAGCAGCCACGACGAGGACUUGGCCAGUCACCUUAACGGCCUUUCCUUGGCCGGCGAGAGAAGGUCUCCCAUGCCGUCCCAUGAAAUGUUGAACCAGAGGGCACAACGUGAGCUGGACGAGAAGUAUGCCCAACCGUACAACGCUGGGAUGAUGCUUGACGAACAGCUCGACGAGGAGAUGCACAACGCCAUGCGCAACUUGCCGACAUCAGAUGAGCGGUUCGCAGGGUCUAACUUCAACAAGCUGUCGACGUCCUCAGCCGCAUUAGAUUUGGCGCCCCUUUCGCAGACGCCUCCUCGUGGCUCCCUCGGACAACGUCAGCCCGACUCCCGUGACGCUCCCUCAGAGUGGCCUCAAUUCAAUGGUUCUCCCAACCCAGAGGGGCUCUCUUCCCAGCCCAGCCGUCGCCUGGCCCCAAACCCAGCCCUCCAUCUCGGUCUGGGAGACCUCAACGGCAAGAUGAUGGGAUCCGUUUCAGCGUCGGCCACGCCACUCAUGCCUCAGGGGCUUUCUUCGCACGGUCAGAUGCCUGGUUCGCGUCGUGGCUCGCCACCCGGUCUUACGGAUGGCCUGUCCAUCACCACUCGCUCUGUCCCCGGAACCCCGCUCACAGGCUUGCCACCUUCGACCGCGGCGCACAUCAUGAAGGCGCCGGGAACGCCGCUUACUCCUGACGGACAGUCUAUGGGUGGACGAUUGGGAUCGCAUCUCGAUAGCCCGCUCAACGGCGAUACGCUCCAGUCUUCGCUUUCCCGAGUGGGUAGCCAGUACGACGGUCAGAUGGGCUUCAACUCGGUGUCAUCCAGCUAUGAUGAUCCUCUUCGUCAACCUUACGGCGUUGAGUCCGUGUAUAGUAUGGAGAACGGUUUGGGCGCCGGGCUUAACGGCGAUGGCUACGACUCGUACAACUUCAGUCCCAAUCGCGCGAACGGGGAUCAACUCGGUGCGAACGGCACUGGCUCGACUGCUCUCUACCACCACCAUGGGUCCCGAUACGGCCUUGGUAUUGGUAGUCGCGUUGGCGCUCCAGACAGCAAGAUGAAUGGGUUGCACGGUCCCAAGCACAAACGGGGCGAGAUGGACCGCGAAUUCAACCGCUUCGCGGGCACUCGUCUUGAGGACUUGGCCGGCGAGAUUCCUAGCCUGUGUAAGGACCAGCACGGGUGUCGGUAUCUUCAGAAGAAGCUUGAGGAAGGCGUCCCUGACCAUAGGGAUAUGAUCUUCCGCGAGACCUUCGGCCACUUCGCAGAUCUCAUGACCGAUCCCUUUGGCAACUACCUCUGCCAGAAGCUGCUCGAGUACUCGACGGAUGAGCAGAGGAACAUCAUCUGCGAGUCGGUCGCUACAGAUCUCGUCAACAUCUCGCUCAACAUGCACGGGACCCGUGCUGUUCAGAAGAUGAUCGACUUCCUGUCGACUCGCAGACAGACUGAUCAUAGAUACCAUGGCCAGAUUCAUUCCAUCAUCGUCGCUCUCAGCCUCCAUGUUGUUGUGCUCAUCAAGGAUCUGAACGGGAACCAUGUCAUUCAAAAGUGUCUCAACAAGCUCGCGCCUGAAGAUAACCAGUUCAUCUACAACGCGGUCGCCGCCAACUGUGUAGAGGUUGCGACUCACCGUCAUGGGUGCUGCGUCCUUCAGCGCUGUAUCGACCACGCGUCGGACCAUCAGCGUAUCCAGCUCGUCAAUGAGAUCACGUACAACGCGCUGACUCUCGUUCAGGACCCGUACGGCAACUACGUCGUUCAAUACAUCCUCGACCUCAACGACAACAGGUUCAGUGACGCCGUCAUCCGGCAGUUCACUGGCAACGUCUGUGCCCUCUCCGUUCAGAAGUUCAGCUCCAAUGUCAUCGAGAAGUGUAUCCGUGUCGCCGAGCACGGUACCCGCAAGAUGUUGAUCGACGAGCUCCUGAACCGCACAAGGCUGGAGAAACUUCUUCGUGACUCGUACGGAAACUACUGCGUCCAGACUGCCUUGGACUACGCCGAGCCCGCGCAACGCGCCCUUCUUGUCGACGGCAUCAGACCGGUCUUGCCCCUCAUUCGCAACACUCCUUAUGGCAAGCGGAUCCAGAACAAGCUCCAGCGCGAGCAGAUGGACCACUUCGGAGGCUUCCACAAUCAGCAGGCCCUGGUCAACAUGGCUCUCGGUAGCCAAGGCAUGGCAGGCCUACCUCACGCCGCUCACGGCGCCGGCCGCCACAUACAACCUAAUCCCCUCGCGGACGUGUACAACAGUCAGAACGGCCUCUACCCCAUGGCCAACGGCGGCGGUCUGCAGGCGCAAGGAGCUAUCGGCGGUCUUCACGCCCCUCUCCACACCAUGCGCUCGCACUCGAUCGACGGCUACGUCCUCCAGGGCAACUCGAGCCAUAACCAGGCGGCGUUGGCGAACGGCGGGUUCUCGAACGGUUCGCCUUUCGCGGGCGUCAACUCGUUCCCUAACGCUGGGAUGGCCGCGACCAUCAACGACCCUUACUCCCGUUCGUCCUUUGGAUACGGGAUGUAA